CCUGCCAGCAGAAGAGUUAAAGGGGGAGCUGCUAAGCCGGCCCUUUCUCCCCGCCUCCUCCUCCUCCUCACUGCGGGGGAAGGGGGAUCGGGACCCACCCCCGGGAAGAGCUCGGCAGGGCACGGCACGGCUCGGCACGGCAACGGCGCGGCCAAGCGCCGCCUCCGCGGCGGGAUGCAGCCUCUGCCACCGCCCCGCGGCUGCAGGAUGGAACAGGAGGCUGCCCAGCUGGAGAAGCAGCAUGUGCACAGUGUCUAUGAGAACACAGCUGCCUACCUGAACGACCUGCAGAGCAAGGCUUGGCCGCGCGUCCGCAGCUUCUUGCUGGAGCAGGAACCUGGCAGCCUGGUGGCUGACAUCGGCUGCUGCCCUGCUGCCUGCCUGUCGACUGCCAGAAAUCAUUCUUCACCACUGACCCAUAACUGCAGUUGUGGAACUGGAAAGUACCUGAGUGUCAACAGCCAGGUCUAUAACCUCGGCUGCGAUUACUGCAGGCCGCUGGUGGAGAUCGCAAGGCAGAGAGAUGAUGAAGUGCUGGUGUGUGACAACCUUAACCUCCCCUUCAGGGACCACUGCUUCAAUGCAGUCAUUUCCAUUGGAGUGAUCCAUCACUUCUCGACCGCGGCGAGGAGGGUCAGGGCAGUGCAGGAAAUGGCGAGGGUGCUGGCGCCCGGGGGCCAGCUGAUGAUCUACGUGUGGGCCAUGGAGCAGAAGCACCGCCGCUUCGAGAAGCAGGACGUGUUUGUGCCCUGGAACCCGGCGCUGUGCUGCCGGCAGCCCCCGGAGCCGCCGCACGCUCUGGCGGGCACAGCCGCGCAGCCUGCGCCGCUGCGCCUCCCCCGCUGCAGCUGCCGGGGCGGGCUGCGGCCAGACACCGAGCGCAAGCCGGCCCGCGGCACGGACCGCUGCCUGCCCGGAGCCUGCUGCAUGAACGUUUCUGACGAGGAGAACAGGUUUUACAGCGCCCUCGGCAGGUCCUUGCGCUCCUGGUUCUUCUCCAGAUCCCUCGACGAGUCGGCGCUGAGGAGGCAAACGGAGAGGGCGAGGUCUGCGAAGAACGAGAGCGGGUGGGCAGGCAGCGCCGUGCCCCUCCAGCAGUCACGGCACUGCAGCUUGGACUUGGGUCACCACGGGGCGCUGCUGAGGGAGCAAGGUUUGGAGGAUGAUGAUGUGUUCGUGGAGAGCCUGCCUCUCAAGAAGCCACAGUGGGCUCCGGCCAGGGAUGCGCUGGAGGGUGUGAGUUCAAACGGAGGACACCACGGUGCAGCCGAGAGGGGGGGUGAAGGCUCUCCCUUUCCAAAUGGCCCAGGGCAAGACAGCGGCUGCGGCUGUCACCAGGACGGUGCUGCUGAGCCUGUCGGCAGCAGGGUGCUGCAGAGGACGUCGACGGCUGACUCCAGCGAGUGCGCUCUGGAGGCGGCGGUGUCGGUGGGGGAGCAGGCUGGCGCCGCGCGGGACACCAGCGCCUUCAUGCGCUACUACCAUGUGUUCCGCGACGGGGAGCUGUGCGCGCUGCUGCGCGACCACGUCCCCGCCCUGCGCAUCCGCUCCGCCUGCUACGACCACGGCAACUGGUGCGUUAUUGCCGAGAAAAGGGAGGCCAGCUGAGUGCGGGCUGAGGCUGCCAGUGCAGAGACCGAGGCUGCCAGCUGAGUGCGGGCUGAGGCUGCCAGUGCAGAGACCGAGGCUGCCAGCUGAGUGCGGGCUGAGGCUGCCAGUGCAGAGACCGAGGCUGCCAGCUGAGUGCGGGCUGAGGCUGCCAGUGCAGUGGCUGAAGCUGUUAGUGCAGAGACUGAGGCUGUCAGUGCAGUGGCUGAGGCUGUUAG